AUCAUCUACCUACUUCUGUCUAUUGUCUCCUCUAGAGCUCCCAGAGCAACAUUUUCUUAAUGAGGAAGAGUUUCCAUCUGACCAGCAGCUCUGGAACCUUGAGAGUAACCCCAUUCUGGACCAAGAGGAGCCAGAACCUCCACAGAUUAAAGAGGAGGAGGAGCACUGCAUCGGUCUGGAAGUAGAGCAGCUUGUACUGAAGCAGGAGGAUCAAGAUAACCUUUUGAUGAAUCCUACUUUCAUGGAAAGUGACCACAGUGAACCAGAACCAAGUGACAACCAGCUCCUCUCCCACAGCUCAGCUCAGAGCCAAGAUUUUAAAGGAGGCCCGCAUGGAAACUCAAAAUCAGUUAAAAAUCCAGAGCAGGCAUCAGAAAAGGGACAUCAUGUCAUCACAAGAGCAAAAGGGAGGACAAGUCCCAGUAACCUUGCAUGUAGCACUACCAUGUUAAAGAUUGUGCCAGAUAUCUGUCAGAGUAAAAAAGAUCUCCAGUGUGACACUUGUUUACAAGUCUUUAAGUGGAAGUCAGGAUUAAGCAAACAUCUUAAGGUGCACAGAGGUGAGAAACCAUAUAUUUGCAAAACCUGUGGAAAAAGAUUUUGUUACAAGUCAGCACUAGAAACACAUCUGAGAGUCCACACAGGGCGGAAACAGCAUUCUUGCAAAAUGUGUGAAAAAAGUUUCACAACUAGCACAAAUUUAAAGAUCCACGAGAGAUCACACACGGGCGAGAGACCUUUUUCUUGCAAAACUUGUGGGAGUGGUUUUACAUCUAAAUAUACCCUGCAGGUCCACGAGAGAACACACACGGGCGAGAGACCUUUUUCUUGCAAAACUUGUGGGAGAAGUUUUAUGCGUGCAAAUACCCUGAAGAGACAUGAGAGAACGCACACGGGCGAGAAACCUUUCCCUUGCAAAACUUGUGGGGGGAGUUUUACAACUAGAAUGAAUCUGCAGGUCCACGAGAGAAUACACACGGGCGAGAAACCUUAUUCUUGCAAAACUUGUGGGGAAAGAUUUAUGCGUGGAAAUACCCUGCAGAUCCACGAGAGAACGCACACGGGCGAGAAACCUUUCUCUUGCAAAACUUGUGGGAUUCGUUUUAGUGUAAGAAAUACCCUGCAGAGACACGAGAGAACGCACACGGGCGAGAGACCUUUUCCUUGCAAAACUUGUGAGAGAAGUUUUACAACUAGAGUGAAUUUGCAGGUCCACGAGAGAAUACACACGGGCGAGAAACCUUUUUCUUGCAAAACUUGUGGGAAACGUUUUACAACUAGAGAUGUCCUAAAGAUACACGAGAGAACGCACACGGGGGAGAAGCCUUUUUCUUGCAAAACUUGUGGCAAAAGUUUUACACGUGGAUGUAGGUUGAAAGUCCACAUGAGAAGCCAUAAAGGUGAGGAGUCGUAACCCUGUAAAACUUGUGGGGAAAGAUUUGUUAUCAAAUCACUUCUAACAAAACAUUGGAGUACUCACACAUUGUGAAACAGAUAUUUUGUAAAGAUGGAAAGAUCUCUGACUUGUCAGUUUAUACAAACUCCACAGGAGAAUACAUCCAGUUGAGAAGCCAAACCAUGGCAACACGAGAGGGAUAAGAUUCGCUCAAGUGUUGUCAAUGAAGUUGUAACAUAGUUAUUGAAUCAUUAAUAAGUGACACAACAGUAAGCGAAAACAGCUCUGGAAAUGUUUCCAGGGGACCAAAAAAGUGAGGAGCCUUGUUGUAGUUCAAUGCUUUAUGAAGUUCCAUUACCACUCAUGAGUAGCAGACUUCAAUAACUUCACAAAGCAUUGAACUAAAUCCAGGUUCAUCACUUACAUCUACACGAGAGAUUGUCUACAUUUACAUUAGCUGCAUCUCUGUAACUGAAUGGAAAAUAUCCCAUUGAGGAGAAAUCACAAUAUCUUUGAUGCAGUACAUGGUUAACAACAUUUGCUGAAGUGCCCACGUUUCUGUUCUUCAUGUGACUGUCAUUGAUAUUUACAUCUGUAAAGGAAGUGAUGUUUUCAACCAUGUCUUUUUGUCUAUUAAUUUAUCAGCAAUUUAUACCAAAUGGUGCAGGAAGGGGACGGGGGUGAGAUCAAUUGAUUAAGUAAAAAGAUCCAGGAUAUUUUAUUAUCACUAAAUGUUGAAAGAUGUUGUCAAUGUGUCAGGAAAGACUGUGGAUCAAGAUGUAAAAAUCUGAUAUAUUUGUGGUACAGAGAUUUAUUAUAACACAGUAUGUUGUGCAGAUUAUCAGAUGACUUCACUUUUUCUUUUCUCUUUCUAUUACAAAAGAAGAAAAUAUGUUGUUUAUGUGUACACAGUCCAAACUGACUGUCACUGUAAAUGGUUAUUCUUUUGUACUACGUGUAUUCAAUACU